AUGUCGAGCUCUGCAGAUGAUGAGGUGGAGGAGGCGCUGAAGGGUUUGAAAGGAGUAGGCGCUGAGCUGCAGACUUUGCUGCAUUCUAUCUGCCGCAAGGCAACAGCCAUAGCGAGCACCUCCGGCUUUGACUCGUUCACUUCAGAGGCCCCCUCGCAAGUCUCUGCAGAUGAUGCAUCAGCAGCAGCAGCAGCAGCAGCAGGAGCAGCAGCAGCAGCAGAGGCAGCAGCAGCAGAAGCAGAGAUCUUGGAGUACAUUAUCUUCGGCUUGUCUGCAUGUCUUUGA